UCUUGAACGAAAUUUCGCACUCAUCAUGGCGUACCGGAGCUCGACGUCCGGCAUGUGGGUGCCAGGCGUGAAGAAAGCUCAAAUGUCCGACCGCGGAGAGGAGCAACUGCCUCCAGUCGUAUCUGUCUCCAGCUUACCCAUCGAAGUACGGGAGAAGGAGAUCCUGUAUGCCGUGGAAACGUCGUCGGUGGUGAUCUUGGCCGGCGAGACCGGGAGCGGCAAGACCACUCAAACGCCACAGUACCUGUAUCGCGCCAAGUUUGGCAAGAUUGCCGUCACGCAGCCUCGCCGAAUCGCCGCCAUCACGGUGGCGGAACGUGUGGCCUCUGAAAUGGGCGUUCGUAUUGGCGGCGAGGUUGGGUACGCAGUCCGCUUCGAGGAGAAGUGGGACCCGGAGCGCACGGGCAUCAAGUUCCUCACGGAUGGGAUGCUCGUGCGCGAGACGAUGCUCGAUCCGUUGCUGUCCCAUUACAACGUCAUCAUGCUGGACGAAGCCCACGAACGCAAUUUGGAAACGGACAUUUUGCUCGGGUUAAUCAAGAAAAUCCUGAAAAAGCGGCCGGACUUGCGCGUGAUUGUGGCGUCGGCAACCCUCCACGUUGAGUCGUUUGUCCGGUUCUUCUCGUCCGUCAAGCACGACGCCAAUGUCAAGCAACCGGUCGUGUCCAUUGCCGUGCAGGGCCGUCAGUUCCCCGUCGAUGUUUUGUACUUGCAGGAACCGGCAGCGAAUUUCGAACAGAAAGCCAUCGACACGGUGUUAGCCAUCCACGAGCGCGAAGCCCCAGGCGACAUAUUGGUGUUUUUGCCUGGGCAAGACGAGAUUGACCACGUCGUCCAGCGGUUGAGUCAGAUGGCCAGUCGCACGCUGCUCCCGCUUGCGUUCUACGGGUCGCUUCCUGUGCACGUCCAACAAGCCGUGUUCGAGCUACCUCCGCCGCACAUCCGCAAGGUGAUUGUGGCCACAACGAUCGCCGAGACGUCGGUGACGAUCCCGGGAGUCGUGUAUGUCGUCGACUCGUGCUUUGUGAAACUACCGUUCUACAACCCUCUCACCGGCAUCGAAGCCCUCGUGACCACGGUCGAGUCCAAAGCCGCCGCCAAGCAACGCGCCGGCCGCGCCGGACGGAUGCGUCCUGGCAAGUGCUUUCGACUGGUAACCGAAGCCACGUACCGCAAGAGCUUCCAAAAGCACACGAUUCCUCAGAUUCAGCGCACCAACUUGGCGCCGAUUGUGCUGCAUUUGCUCAGCAUGGGCAUUCAGGACAUUGUGCACUUUGACUUUUUGUCGCCGCCGACGCCGGAAGCGUUGAUUCGGGCGUUGGAAGUGCUGUACUCGUUGGGAGCCAUCUCCAAGGACUGCCAAUUGGUCGAGCCAUUGGGGGCCCACAUGGCAGAAUUCCCCGUCGACCCGUUCAUGUCCAAGAUGUUGCUGUCGUCGUUCGAGUUUGGAUGCACCGAAGAAGCGUUGACGAUCGCGAGCAUGUUGAGUGUGGACGAUAUCUUCAUCCAUCCACGAUCGUCCAAAGAACGGCAGCUCAAGGUGAAAGAAGCAGUGGCUGGCUUUGCCCAUCAGCAAGGCGACCAUGUCACGUACUUGCACAUUUACAAGGAAUUUUUGGAAAACGACCUCAGUCGGUCGUGGUGCGACGAGCAUUGCUUGCACCACCGCAUCUUGAUGCGGGCGACGGAAAUUCGAAAACAAUUGCAUCGAUAUGUGAAGCGGUUUGCAACGGCAGACAGGACGAUUCAAAGCUGUGGCGACAACAUUCAACCAGUCCUCCAAUGUAUCGUGGCGGGGUACUUUGCCAACGCGGCCAAAUUGCACGGAAGCAGCACGUACAGAACGAUCAAGGAUGGUCGCAUUGUGCAUGUGCACCCGACGUCCGUGUUGAAUUCGUUCAUUCGGUCGCCAGAGUGGGUCUUGUACCAUCAAAGCGUGCUCACGGACAAGGAAUAUGUCCGGGAAAUCUCGAGCAUUGACCCGCGAUGGUUGGUGACGGCUGCCCCCGAGUAUUACCUUUGCAAAGACGUGAGUGCGGUCGUGUCUGGCAGUUCGGGGGCCGUGGGACUGCCCAAAGCUCCGCCUUCGACCGCGGCGGCGACGGACGCCAGCGGUCGCAUCUUGUUUCGCCGCCCGACGACUCAAGCCACAGACAGCAAGAAACCAAAGAUGCCUGUGCAUAUUGGCAAGAGCAAAGGCGGUCUUCGAUCGCAGUUUUAACCCCCGAUCGAGACAACGUCAAAUAAGUAUCAACAAGUCGCUUCGACUCCAACUCUACUCACUUGACAGCACUACAAGCGAGAAUUGAACUUUAAAGUGAAGUAUUCGAGUGCUAAGUAAGGUAUAGCCCGUCUUCGUAGGUGGCUACGAUUGUACUCG